UUUUGUUGUGCCUAAUUCUCAUGCCUUCCGCUCUCAACGCUUCACAUUUUUUCCCUUCCUUUCCCCUUUGAUAUCGGAAUCUUUUUCGAGUGUGUGAGACUGCGCUUUAUAUCGUAAACAAGCCGCGGGAGUUAAGCUUGUGCAUGCGUAAUGAGUCCGAGCCUUGAGCGUAGGUCGAAUGCUAUGCCUGCUAACGAAGGUCGGCCGACUACCCAUCGCGAAUGGAAAUGUUGCUGGAAGUUAAAAAAAAUAAUUAAAAAAAUGGUAUUUUCGUGUCAUUUCUCAUUGGGACAUUCUUCACCAAUUAAAACCUGGCUUCUUAGCAGUUGCCCAAAUUUUCACCCAUCCUGGCAACAGCUUCCAGCAAAAUUUAUUGUGUAAUUAGCAGAUGAGGAACGAAGAGUUCAACUUGCCUGGAGUAGUAAUGGAUCGUCUCAGAAGAAGCUUACGUGAUAGUUUUCGUAAAAAAAAGGACCACAUUCCAGAAUGUAGUAAACCCCACCAGUGGCAAGCAGAUGAGGCUGCAGUCCGUGCUGGUACAUGCAGCUUUCCUGUUAAGUAUCUUGGAUGUGUAGAAGUGUUUGAGUCUAGAGGGAUGCAAGUAUGUGAAGAAGCAUUAAAGGUUUUAAGGAAUUCUCGACGUAGAAUCAUAAAAGGCACUCUGUAUGUCACAGGCGAUGGAUUACGUGUUGUGGAUGAUGAAACAAAGGGCCUUUUAGUAGAUCAGACAAUAGAAAAGGUCUCUUUCUGUGCUCCUGAUCGAAAUCACGAGAGGGGCUUCUCCUAUAUUUGUCGUGAUGGUACCACUCGUAGAUGGAUGUGCCAUGGUUUUCUGUCUCUAAAAGACUCGGGUGAGAGAUUAAGUCAUGCUGUUGGAUGUGCAUUUGCUGUCUGUUUGGAAAGGAAGCAGAAGCGAGACAAGGAAGCUGUAACAGUAAACUAUGAUCCUCAGAAUGCAACCUUCACACGCACUGGAUCUUUCCGUCAGGGUUCCCUAACUGAAAGGCUACAAGACCCACAGGACUGCAAAGUGGCUGAUCCACCUCCUGCCAAACAAGUGCACAAUCCCUAUGCUAUAGAAAGGCCUCAUGCACCCCCAACUAUGUUACAGAGACAAAAUUCUUUCCGAGGAUUCAGCUCCCUUAAUCAAGCAUCUCCCUUCAAGAGACAACUUUCCCUUCGAAUAGCCGACCUGCCAUCCACACAAGAAAGACAGAGGUCGAUGUCGGUUGGAUCUUCAGACAUGAUUGCCCAUCAAAAUGGGAUGUCUGUUACUCCAAUCCCAGAAUCUUCGCCUUUGAUUGAGAGACAGGAUACUAUUAGUACAAUGUGCCAGCAACUUUCCCAAGGAUUAUCAUUUCUUACUAACCACAGUGGUGAUCCCUUUGAACCAGAUGUAUCUCAAGUCCAAAAGAUGGAUGGUUCCUCACGUGCUGAAGAGUGGUUAGCGAGUAGCACAAACAUUGUUCGUAAGAAUUCCUUGGAUAGAGCUAUAACUGUUCCAUUUUCAACUUCUGCCACACUAGGAAUGCCUGCAAAUCAAGUUCCAAUGGGACUAACAUCUAACCUUGCAAAACCUCCUUCUCCCAAAACUAUUCAACCACCUAUACGACGAGCAAGUCCAAAUUUCGCCCACUUACGAAGCAGUUCCCUGGGCUCUGCUGAAAAUUUUCUCACUCAGACCAACUGGAAAGCACCCAGUCAUAUUGGAGGAGAUACAAGUACUAAUAUAUUAGACAUGCAAAGGACUGAGAAAAAAGAAUCUGAGAAAUCCGUAAAUCCUUACGUGGACCCUUUUAAUGUUGAGUGGGUUGAAAUAGACAAGAACAGAAAAAGUAGCACAAACCCUUUUGUUGAGAAUUCAGUGAAAGCUUUUGAAGUUCAUAUGUAAAUUCAUUGCAAUAAGAUAGUUUAUUAAAUUGGAGUUGGUAAUAUUGUAUUGCGGGUGCAUUUUUUGAAAAUCUUUUUUCCAUUUACUUCUUCAUUAAGUUAAUGUGUUCUGCUAUUAACAUAUUUAAUGAAUUUUUUAAAAGCAUGGUAAAUUUCCAGAAUUUCUUUAAUUAAAAUAAUCUCGGUAGUAUUUUUAUCGUUGAUUGCUUCUUAAGAUAAUCUUAAGAUUUACGUGGGUCUUAUUUACCUUUAACUCUAUGAGACAUUUUAUAAAUGUUGUUCAUAAUUACUCUGAGAUACUCAUUUUUAAUUCUGCUUAUGUUAUAUCUUUAUACCUUUCUUGCCCUAUAUUGCCUAAUUUAGUAUUUAUGUAAAUUAAAAAUUCACUUUUAUCUAUGUAUUUUGGAUGAAUUCAGAUAAAAGCAUGCAUAGAUAUAUAUAAUGUGUAAUGUGUUUGAAAGAAUAUGAAAUAAACAUAUUUGUUACCAUCUUAUUUCACAUAUCACUUUUUUUUAUAUUAAAUACUGCUGCAUAAGUAGCUGUAAAAAUACUACUGAGAUGCAUUUAAUUUUCAGAAUGUUUAUUUUUUAUAAUAUUUAUAUGCAUUAAAAUAUCUUCAUGUCUUUCAAAUGUUUCAUUGCAUAAUAUUUAAUUUCUGUGACAUAAUUGUGAUUCUUCUCUCUCUAUAUGCAAAUGAUUAGAAGUUUUAGGUCUAAAUGAAAGUAGAAUAACAAAUAAGUAAACUUCUAGCCUGCUAGACUAGCAAAAUACUCUUUAAGCACUUGUGGAGCAUACAGUAUUGGCAUUUUUUUUAGUGUUAUGUUUCAGAAUUUCAAAAUCUGAUAAUCUUAAUCUAUUUUUGCAAAUGUGCUACUGUUUUUAGAUAUAUAUUGAAUAACUAAUGAAAAUUGUACAUAUUGUAUUCAAUUUGACUAUGAUAAAUGUCAAUUUAUCAUUCUUAUAUUUUUCUAAAGACGACCAUCACUGUUUGGUAUUGUAAUUCCUGCAUUCUCAACUGUGCACAAAAACUGUUUUGCUCUCCAAAUUGUUAUCUGACUUUCAACCUAUAACUUUGUUACUUCCAUUUCAUUUUGAAGUUCUCGUGAUAUUUUAUAGAGAUGCAAUAAUUUUUUAACUCUUUUCAUUCAUCGAGUUCCUUUUGUUUUUUGCACAUCUUUUUCAUGUUUAUUGACUUGCAUUUACAGUUUAUAAAUCAUAAUGCAUUGAAAUUUGAAUUUAAAAGUUCCCUGUUUUCCUCUACCUACAUGAAUGUCAAUCAAAUACUAGAUGUAACACCCGGUGCCAGUGUUAAAAUGUGAUGAUAAUUUAUAAAAUAUAAAAAAUUGCCUGGUAAGAAAAGUAUGUGUGCAGUCUUUGGGGACUUGGAUCAAAAGCUGAGGCUGUGUUGACUUCAGCACUUGAUAAAUUGUGAGGUAAAAGUAUGCUUUAUUUGUUACCAAAAUAUAAAUACAAAAAUGUCAUUCCAUCCUUUUUAGAGGAAAACUGUGUUAGCUGCUAUUACCGUGCCUUCUUGUUUAAAUAAAAAGAGCCAGUAGACACAGUGUUCCUAUUAGAAUGAGUUCUUCUUUUGAUUAAGUAGUUAUUUCUGUGUUUUCAUAUUGCAUGCAAAAAUUAGAGGAACCAUUGAUUAUACAUGGUGAUUAAACAGAAUGAUUAGUAACGUUCUCUUCUUAGAGAAAUUAUUUCAAUUAUACAGCAAUUAAGUAACUUAUUUUAGUAAUAUAUAUGUAAAUAUUUUCAGCUCCUGUUAUGAGUAUUUUGAUUUUUAUCCUGGGAAAAGAAAGGGGUUCAAUCAAAAAUAUUUAAAAAUGUGUAUUAAGAAUCUUUUUAAUAAUUGUCUUUAAAAUUGUGAUAUAUAAAUGAGUUUGAUUGAAAUAGAAAUAUGACAGGAAAAUUAUUUUUUAUUCUUAUUUUAUAAAGUCAUCGAGCUGUGCGAAAGACAUCAGAGUCUUGUAUAUUCUCUGUAAUUUAACAUAUUUAAUUUUAUUGUGGGAUUUUUUAUUCUGCUAUUGUCAGCAUAUAAAAUUUGUUUACUCUUGUUUGAGUAUGUCUUAGAUAUGAGUUGUUUAUGAGUGUAUAUACUUCUCUCUGUGACUUGUAUCUUUUAUGAAAGCACUACAACUAAGUAUGCUUGAGAGAAUUAUUUGUAUUCAUGCUUUGAGUAAACACUUUUUUAAAGAUCUUUUAAUGUUCUAUCUAGCUUAAUCUAUGUUUAUGAAUUCUUUUUACUUUACAAAAUUACUCUGCAGACUUUCAUUUGAAUGGUUACUGCAUGACGUUGUGUGAGCAUGUAUAUUUUAAUUGUUAUUGAACUUGUGAAUUCCAUUGUCAUUCCACUUUUGUGUUUAUUAUGGACUAUAGACUGUUUUGAUAUGUGGCCAACGACAUCGAGCAUAUUGUUAUUCUUUAAAUCCUUGCGACCAAUCUAAUUGCUUGUGAAAUUGUUGAUGCUUGUAAAAAGGUGUGUAAUAUAAAUGACGUGUAUAGUUUUACAAAAAUAGCAACGAUAUAUGUAAAAAAAGUGUGUCUAAUAUUUUUCCUUUACAUUCAUUUUGAUUGCUCACAAAGACUAAUAAGAUGAUGAAAAUAGUGUCAUUGUGUUUUAAAUGCAUUAUGUAAUUACCUUGUAGUUGUCUGUGAAAUGUAGUGUACAUAACUAGCAAUGUCUAAAGCCAUAUCAACACUCUGUUAGUAAUAAGCAUUGUGGUUGCUGUAUACUUUUAGAUCAUGUAGCAUGUUCUGUUAAAUUGUUCAUUGAUAGAAAUAAAACUGUCAACAUUUUUUAUUGAAUGUA